GAGUCAAGUGUCCUUCUCCUGUACUUUGUGCACCCCACAUCGCCGAACUGCAUGCGAUGACACUGAGUCAUGAAGCUCAACUUUCGAAAGGCGGAAUUCGCCAAGUGUCAGUACGACGCCACGAGCGCCACGCAACGCUAAAGCUCGACGCAUUAGAUGUGCACAGACUCACGACAGAAGUGUCACGCUCUGCGCUAAAGCCGCGUUCACGGAGCACACAUUUCCGCGCAAGCAGAGAGUGAAACUGUGUCACCGGCGUUAUACCGUUUCGUCGCUCUCCUCUGGUUCCAGUGGCCAUGUGUCCAUUUUGGCCCAGAGACUGUUUGGUCGUUGCCUAGACAACGCGCUCGUCGGGAUCCCGUUUGGGAAGGGUGUGAGGUUCGCGAAAUGGUUACCGAAGGCAGAAGGCGCUACCAUUUGUGAAGGCACUGCCCCAAUGCCCCGUUCCAGACAGUCCUGAGGGUGCGCCAUUUUUUUUUUUCUCUCACUCUGUUUUCCGGAUCACUUCACUGGCCUCCCCGAUCUCCCUCCCGGGCGUCGGAGAAGGCCCCUUCCAGAACGAGCGUCGCGCAACGCUGAGAAAUGGGACUCCUGGCCCUGCUUAGGAAGCUCAAGUCGACGCCCGACCGCGAGCUGCGGAUCUUGUUGCUGGGUCUGGACAACGCCGGCAAGACAACCAUCCUCAAGAAGUUGGCGUCGGAAGACAUCACCCACAUCACACCGACACAGGGUUUCAACAUCAAGAGCGUGCAAGCCGAAGGCUUUAAACUCAACGUCUGGGAUAUAGGCGGCCAGCGCAAGAUUCGACCUUACUGGCAGAACUACUUCGAGAACACCGAUGUGCUGCUGUACGUGAUCGACAGCUCGGACAGGGCGCGAUUCGAGGAGACAGGCGUGGAGCUCGCUGAGCUGCUCUCUGAGGACAAGCUGCUGGGAGUGCCGUUGCUCGUGCUGGCCAAUAAACAGGACCUGGUGCACAGCGCGCCGGCCGCUGAGCUGGCCGACGGCCUCAACCUGCCCGCCGUUCGCGACCGGCCCUGGCAGAUACAGGCCUGCAGUGCGCUCUCCGGCGAGGGACUCAAGGAUGGACUUGAAUGGGUGUGCAAGACCAUCAAAAGGAAGUAAAGCAACGCUGAAAGCUGCAGAACUCUAUUGUUCCUCGCCAUGGGGUAUCCCAGCACUGCACAGUACAAUGAUUGGCAGAGCACCUUCUGAUGA